GGGAUGCCAGGCUCGGAGCGAGCCGGGAGCAAGGUGGAUGGAGGAGGCAGCGGCGGUUUGGGGUCCCUUCAGCCCGGCUCCAGCGGUGGCGGCGGAGGCGGUGGCGGCAGCGGCAGAGAGAGGCGCAAAGCGGCGUCCCGACACAAGAGACACCGAGCCAAGCACAGCCGGGACUCGCCUGGAGUUGCCCAGGUCCCACUCGCUAAGGUCAAGUCCCUGGUGGAGUAUGACGACAUCAGCUCGGACUCGGACUCUUUCCCCGAGGUCAACUUCAAGCCGGAGCGCCGGGACAAGGAGGAGCGGACCAGCUCGGAGAAAGCGCUCAGAGCCCACAAGCAUCACCACCACCUGCACAAGAGGGGCAAGGAGCACCGCAGGUCCAAAGAGACGGAGAGGGUCAAAGACCGAGGCAGGAAGCCGGAGAAAGGGCCCGAGUCGUCCGGUAAGUCGAGCACCAGCAGGGAAAGGACUUCGAAGAGGCAGAGCGCGGAGGACGAGGAUUGUGGGAGGCGAGAGCACGGUUCACCGGCUCCGGCCACCAAACGCGGCGGCAAAGAGGCCAAGUCCGGCAAGUCCUCGUACAAGGAACGGGCCAAGAGGGAGAAGGAGGAGCGAGCGGCUCAGAGGGAGCGGCCAAAGAGUCAGAAGAAAAGCAAAGAGACGCCUCGUGGCUAUAGGACGUCGUCCAGUCCCCCCAAGAAGAAAGCUGGGAGCCCGCGACGCAAACGCUCAUCCAGCCCGAACCGGGAGGACAGCCCGUAUGGGACGUUGUACAGCAAGGGCUACGAGGGCAGCCCCGUGUACCGCUCUCGGACUUCGGGCGGUUACGAGGCAUCGUACAGGCGGAGUCCCGGCGGCUCGAGCCGGAAGCAGUCUGCCAGCCCCCCCACGUACUACAGCUCCCGGGAACCGGCUGCGUACCAGAGCAGUUACAGCGGACGCUCUCCCAGCCCUUACAGCAGACGGCAAAGGUCUUCCAGCCCCUACAGCCGCCAGCGAUCCCCCAGCUACGACCGUCACAGCAGCUCCUACGAUUACAGCGGGAGGUCACCCAGCCCAUAUGGUCGGAGGCGGUCGGUCAGCCCCUAUGGAGCCAGAAGAUCGUUCAGCCAGAGCCCAGGACCCAGGAGGUCGGCAAAGUCACGGAGCCGGAGCCCACUGUACUCCAGACAUUCAAGAUCGCACAGCAAACACCGGCAGUCCCGAUCCCGGAGCCGGCACUCCAGCAUCUCGCCCGGCAGACUGACCCUCAAGUCUAGCCUGGGAGCCGAGCUGAACAAAACGAAGAAGGCUCGAGCUGCGGUGGCUGCCAAGGCAACCGGGAAACACUUGAAAGAGCCGAAGGCGUCCACUGUGUCAAAAAAGCCCCUUCACCCCCACGGGGCAGGUCCCAGCAACGCAGGCUGUGGUCCAACCCUGAAAGAUACCAAGAGAUUGACCAGAACAGUUAGGUUGGAAAAGUCCGCUUCCCCCUCAGGGAUCCCGAACUCCUUAUCGCUGAGGAAGGAAGUCGCUGCUCUUGAGGAGACUCCUGCGGAUCCCAGAGUCAGGGUCGAUCUGAGCGAGGAUAGAAUCAGCCUCUCGCCCCUACCCUCAGCCCCCAGAGAACCCAAAUCACUGAAAAGUGAAUCAGGAACCCCGAAGGACAAGAGUCUGAAUGUGCCUCCGUUACCCAACGAAAUCCAGACCGAGAAACCUCCGCUCCCGCCGUCCUCCUCCUCCCUGCCCCCGUUACCGCCGGCCUCGCCCCCAAAACUGCUGCCCCCGGCUCCGGUCCACCCGCCUCCUCCUUUGCCACCACCGACUCUGACCCUAUCCCACCCUCCACCGGAGAGCUUGGCCGAACCCCCUCCGUCAGCUAUCCUACCGCAAGCACCAGUGCCACUGUUAUUACCGUUGCCGCCAGUGCUGGCGUCUGUAUCGGCCCCGGUUUCAGCACAACCACCACCACCAUCAAACAUCUCACAACCACCGCCCAGGAUUACUAUAUCGGCCACGGUUCUCCCGAUGCCACCAAUGCUGAACUCCGUCAUGUCCUUACUGACCUCAACACUGCCGCCCUUACCGCUCCCACCACUGCUGCCGGGAGAGGAUGACAUAGAAAGUCCAAAAGAAAUCCAUCAUCCAAAGCCCACGAAGAAAGAGAGAGACCAAAGGCCCCGGCAUCUACUGGCAGAUCUCCCUCUCCCUCCAGAACUCCCUGGUACAGACCCCUCGCCGCCUGAUUCUCCAGAGCAGAAAUCUCCAUCUCCACCACAACCUGUCCUCAAGAAAAGGCCAAAAAUAUGCUGCCCUCGCUAUGGUGAGAAGAAGGAGACUGAGAGUGACUGGGGCAAGCGGUGCGUGGAUAAGUUUGACAUCAUUGGAAUAAUUGGAGAGGGGACAUACGGACAGGUUUACAAAGCCAAGGAUAAGGACACAGGUGAGAUGGUCGCUCUCAAGAAAGUACGACUGGACAACGAGAAGGAAGGAUUUCCCAUCACGGCCAUUCGUGAAAUCAAAAUCCUUCGCCAGCUCAAUCACACCAGCGUGGUCAACAUGAAGGAAAUCGUCACAGACAAGCAAGAUGCGCUGGACUUCAAGAAAGAUAAAGGAGCUUUUUACCUAGUCUUCGAGUACAUGGACCAUGACCUGAUGGGGCUGCUGGAGUCGGGCCUUGUGCACUUCACCGAGGAUCACAUCAAAUCCUUCAUGAAGCAGCUAAUGGAUGGGCUGGAUUACUGCCACCGCAAGAACUUCCUGCACAGAGACAUCAAGUGCUCCAACAUCCUGCUCAACAACAGCGGGCGGAUUAAACUGGCAGAUUUCGGACUGGCGAGAUUAUACAAUUCAGAGGAGAGCCGCCCGUAUACCAAUAAAGUUAUUACGCUGUGGUACCGGCCCCCGGAGCUGCUCUUGGGCGAGGAACGAUACUCUCCAGCUAUAGACGUCUGGAGCUGCGGGUGCAUCUUGGGAGAGCUGUUCACCAAAAAACCCAUCUUUCAGGCAAAUCAGGAAUUGGCACAACUGGAACUUAUCAGCCGGUUGUGUGGCAGCCCGUGCCCUGCGGCCUGGCCCGAUGUCAUCAAGCUGCCGUAUUUCCAUACAAUGAAACCCAAGAAACAGUACAGGAGGCGUCUGCGGGAGGAGUUUGCCUUCAUUCCUUCGCCGGCGCUGGAGUUGUUGGAUCACAUGUUGACUUUGGACCCAAGCAAGCGAUGCACUGCGGAGCAAGCCCUGCACAGCCACUUCCUCAGCCAUGUAGACCCCGCCAAGAUGCCACCUCCUGACCUCCCGCAUUGGCAGGAUUGUCACGAGCUGUGGAGUAAAAAGCGGCGACGACAGAAGCAGGCGGGAACUGAUGACCCGCCUGUACAGAAGGCGUCCCGCAAGGACACUGUGAUCAGCACCGAUGACAGCAGGAGCAGCACACCACAGGCCGUGCAGCCAGUCCAGAGCAAAGCCCAGCCCAGCACCGCUGAUGUCAGAGGUAUCAGGGAUGCGGCUCAGCAGCUAAAUCAGAACGAGUUGGCGGUGCUGCUGAACCUGCUGCAAACGCAGACCAACCUCAGCCUGACACAGCUGGCACAGGCCCUGAACGUCAGUGCCAACCCAGAGACACAGCAGCAGUGGAACGUCCUCAGUCAAUCGCUCGUAGCCCUGGCCGAGGCCACCAGUCAGCAACAGCAGGAGGCACAGCACCCGACAGCUAGUCAGCCCCCGCCCCCACCUGCCCCGGCCCCCACCCAGCCCCCGCCCUCGGCCCCAACCACGCCUGUGCCCACCCUGCCAGCUGCACUUCCCCCAGCACCUCCCCCGCCUCCACCCACCCUGGCACCUCUCCCUCACGUCCUGGCCACCCUCCCUCAAUCCACGGGUACACACAAGUCUCAGACUGGGUCGGAGGUGGCCGACCCCUCCCAAUCCGACGCCCAGAACCUGCUGACCAUCUUGCUGAGUCAGCUGAUCAAAGCUCAGGAGCCCACCGCUGCUCCUGAAGAAAGUAAUGGCCUGAAGGCGAGCGACGGACUGCAGAGCAUCACUGCCCCGCCCGAUACCACAGAUGGAGUUUCCGUUAGCAAACCCGACACAAAGGCACCUCCUACCACACUGAACCAGGCUCGCAUUCUUCCUCCUGACCAGCGGCCACCAGAGCCACCUGGACCACCCCCUCUGUUGGCAGACAGUGACUGUCGCGGGGGCAGUAUACAAGCCAGUCCCUCUACCAAAGACCCCAAUGCAGGGGUCAAAGCUGCUCUCCUGCAGUUACUCAGUAAGGAGGAAGUCCAGGAGCACGAGAGACCUGCCCGGGCAUCAGAGUACAGCUCACAUCCACCCAACAGCUACAGUGCCGAUGGUUACAGGAAUAAUCUCAGCGCGAGCGAGAGGAGGGACACUGAGGCCUCUGGUCUCGCGCUGCUGGACACGAAGUCUGUGAUGUGCGGCGCUACCUCGCAGUCGCGGACAGUGUCGGGCACGAGGAGCGAGUUUGCGGAGGCCGGCACAUACCAGGACAUGAGCACAAUGCAGUUUACAGCCGAUCAGGACCACCGUUUCAGCUUCGGCAGAGUUACGCUGCCAUCUCUGGUGACCGGGGCAGGACUCGCAGGAAACCCAGAGGGCAGCAACAGCGCGAUGUCUGUGGGCUCAGCGGACGGCAAGUCGCAGAAUUACAGCUACGCUGGUCCUGUGCUGGGGCCCGGCAGCAUGGCAGGACACAGCUGGAGCGCAACGACGCGCGGCUCGAGCUACACCAGGGCACACGGUAGAAUGCCCAACAGAGGUGGCAGAGGGAGAGGCGUCCCUUACUGACCCUAGUGGCUUCUUACUACAUUGUCUUUGGAGAACGAGCUGUGAUUAUCUUUGGCAGGGCUGAGAAAUCCAAUGGCCACACACACCUCCAUUGCUGGCCAUAUGGGUACUGCUGACUGACAGGAGGGGCUGUUUGAUGUGUGGGGACUGCCUGUGACAUCUGACCUCCCCUCCCUCCCUCUGCCCAC